CCACGCUCGAUUGGUCAGACGCCGACAUAAGGGCGAAACCAGUGGCCUUCGGGGCACGCAAAAGCCAAACCGCGCCGUUUCCUGUCCUCGCUUAGGUUUCUUCGUUUGGCCAGCGCUACUGAGUAGAGAGAUGGCGGAGCGGCUCUCAUCCACCGCGGCCUCCCGCCUCGGCGCCUGCCUCCUUCCCCCCGCCGCCGCCUCCUCCAAGCGGGCGUCCGGGACCCGAUCGUCCCUCCCCGUCCUCCCAUCUCCGCCUUGCGCCGCCGCCGGCCUCCGUUCCCGCCUCCUCCCUGCCGCCGGCCUCCGCCCCUCCUCGCCUCUCUCCUCCCUCCGCCUCGGUCUCUGCCAGAGACCGGCAGCAAGGAGCCGCGCUAUGAGCUCAUCCGCCAUGUGCUCGGCGUCAGAUCCGGCGCAGCUGAAGAGCGCGAGAGAGGACAUCAGGGGGCUACUUAACACCAGCUUCUGCCACCCGAUUCUGGUUCGUCUGGGAUGGCAUGAUGCUGGUACAUAUGACAAGAAUAUUGCAGAGUGGCCACAGCGGGGUGGAGCUAAUGGAAGCCUGAGAUUUGAAAUAGAGCUAAAACACGCAGCCAAUGCUGGUCUUGUAAAUGCUUUAAAGCUUCUUCAGCCUAUCAAGGACAAAUAUUCAGGUGUUACUUAUGCAGACUUGUUCCAGCUAGCCAGUGCUACAGCUAUUGAGGAGGCUGGCGGUCCCAAAAUCCCUAUGAAGUAUGGAAGAGUAGAUGUAUCUGGACCUGAGCAGUGCCCACCUGAGGGAAAGCUUCCUGAUGCUGGCCCACCUUCACCUGCUGGUCAUUUGCGGGACGUAUUCUACAGAAUGGGCCUUAACGACAAGGAGAUUGUUGCAUUAUCUGGUGCACAUACGCUAGGAAGGUCCAGACCAGAGCGUAGUGGUUGGGGAAAAUCAGAAACGAAGUAUACAAUGGAUGGACCUGGAGCACCUGGAGGACAGUCAUGGACAGUGCAAUGGUUGAAGUUCGACAACAGCUACUUCAAGGACAUCAAAGAACGAAGGGAUGAAGAUCUACUAGUUUUGCCUACAGAUGCUGUUUUGUUUGAGGACCCAUCUUUCAAGGUUUAUGCUGAGAAAUAUGCAGAGGAUCAGGAUGCAUUUUUCAAGGAUUAUGCUGAAGCUCAUGCUAAACUUAGCAAUCUGGGUGCCAAAUUUGAUCCUCCAGAGGUUAGUCAUUGCAUUGAAUUAGUCGGGUUUUGCUUGUUAUUCAAUCAUUUUUUUUAUUUAUAUGACCAAUUAAAAGAAAGGGGAGAUGCAAUUUAUCUUCAGUCUCUUGAAAAUAAUACUCAUGCUGUGGGGAUUAUCGGCCAGGGUAUCUCAAUAGAUGAUGACUCAAAAAGCGCAGCACCGGAGCAAUUUGUGGCAGCAAAGUAUUCUUCUGGUGAAAAGAAGAGAGAACUAUCGGAGGCUAUGAAACAGAAGAUAAGAGCAGAAUAUGAAGCGGUUGGAGGCAGCCCAGAUAAGCCUCUCAAGUCCAAUUACUUCCUCAAUAUCAUGAUCCUGGUUGCAGCCUUGGCAUUUUUGACAUCUCUGCUUGGAAACUGAACAAUAUUUUUGUUUCGGCUUCUGUGUUUUUCACCUAUCAUUGGUGCCAUCUCGCUGGUACUAGGACAUGGUGUGUGUUCGCAUGGAGUAAAGUUUGAGCAAUGAAUAUAGUUUUUCAUGAAAACUUGGACA